AUGAGGACGAGGACGUUGAGCGUAUUGAGGUCUCGCGCGUAUGCACGAACUAUCAUCGUGCUACUGAUCCUUGUUGCUUCCGUUCUACAACUGUGGAAGUAUAUAGACUUCAGGAGCUCGUCCGCAACGGAUGUCCUGCAGAAGUCCGAGGCGACAGGAACGCCUCAUGCUCGCAUAGGCCAUCUGCUACUGAGCCCAACGCCGGUUACAGAAGGGGAACAUGAUCACUGCCAUUUUCAUGCCAGCAUAGAACAUUGUGCUGGCCCCUCUCACGGCAUGCCUUCGACAGGGAGUCAUUGUGAAAAGGUUGAUCGAGACUAUGAUAUCCCAACGAGGCUUAUUGCUGUCGUUAUUGUACUCAUUGGGAGCGCCACAGGAGUCUUCUUACCGAUGAUUCUGCAGCCAUCAGCCACGACCACGCACCACCCUAGUCGCCUCACCAUUGCACUCAAGCAAUGUGGCACAGGCGUUAUCAUCUCCACCGCUUUUGUACAUCUGUUCACGCACGCCAACCUGAUGUUUACGAACGAAUGCCUCGCCGACUUCAAUUUCUUCGAGGGCACGACUGCUACCAUAUUCAUGGGUGGGAUAUUCAUCUCGUUUCUCGUAGACCUUGUGGCCCACUCUAGGUCGCACAGACGCGGCACGAAUUCAGUCUCGCGGUCUGCUGCCAAACUCAAGGACGAGGCUUUGAAGAAUGUGAUUUUGCUCGAAGCAGGUAUCAUUUUUCACUCGAUCUUGAUCGGCAUCACGCUUGUCGUCGCUGCGGACGGAUACUUCAUUACUCUCGCUGCAGUGAUCACCCUGCAUCAGAUGUUCGAAGGCCUGGCGCUCGGAACACGACUCGCAUCCAUGAAAGGCGCAUCAGGAAGCGAUGACAGACCCCAGCCCAUCAGGAAUGACCCUACCGAGCCUCUUCUACCUUCCAACGAUAAAUUCCUCCUUGCAACGUGUUUCGCCCUCGUCACUCCGCUGGGCAUGUUGCUCGGUAUCGCCCUGCUGGGCACGUUCAACGGGAAUGAUCCAGGCACGAUCAUUGCCAUCGGCACCCUGGACGCCCUGUCUGCAGGGAUCCUGGCGUGGUUUGGGAUGGUCGAGAUGUGGGCGCAUGACUGGCUGCUGGAUGGGGCCGAAAUGGCUGGACAGAGCUGGGGCACCAUUGUGCUUGGGCUGGGGUCGUUGGUGCUGGGGAUGGCCAUGAUGAGCGUUUUGGGAUUAUGGGCUUGA